CGACCCUUAACCAGUUUCGAGGCCUCCAUUUUAGUAUUGAUGGUAAAACGAGACCUACAGGUCGACCACCAGUGAGAGGGAAACGAGAGCCCCAUCCUAUAAAUAAGAUUGCCCAGCUGUACUGUACCCGAAACUUCGCUGCUGUGCUUGAAAAUCGACUACUACCUGAAAGCAUAUUUCGCAUCUGCUCACGCAAUGAUGGUCAUCAACGAGCAAACCUCCCCACGCACGCGCUCACAUAAUGCAGAAUUCGCCUGCUUGUUCCCACGAUUGAGCGACGACACGAAAGUCAAGGAAACGUACCAGUCCAUUGAACUUGAUGCCACGGCCGGUCAGUUGGUGCGAAGCUGUUGCAGGCUAUAUGGGGCAACGCCUACGAUGGUGCUCGCUACGAUCUGGACUGUUACGCUCCAUAGUUUUACGGAGGGAGAGCGCGUUAAAUUCGCACUGUUGCAUAAAGUACCUGUACACGGCGUACGUUGUGCCCGGGGAGGAAGGGAAUAUGUUCGAGCAGAGACAUAUGCCACGCUCAUCGACCGCGAAACACCAGCGAGGGAGUUGAUGAAACAGGAAAAUUGGGAGAUUCUCCCGCACGUCGGCGGUGAUCAGCUGCUUAAUACUGGGCUGUAUAUGGGUGGCGAGACUGAGGAGGAGUUCUCAACAAUUCUUAAGGGCCUCGACAUAUGCAUAGUUUGUAGCCCAGUAUCUCUCGAAAUGAAGUUAAUAUUCAGCUCGAAAGCUCUACCCCAGACGUUUGCAUGGGCAAUUGCAAGUGCCAUCCCACAAGGACUACAACAGAUCAUGAGACACCAGACAACAUCAAUAGGAGAAAUCAACUUGUUCUCCCAGAUGCAAGAGGAACUUGUAAAAUCAUGGCAAGAUAGCGAAUCACCCCAAACACUGUCUUGUUUUCUGUUCGAUUUCCUGUCUCGACAAGCAGUCGAACAGCCAGGUGCUGUGGCCAUCGAUGCCUGGGACGGUCAAUGGACCUACCAAAAACUUGACGAAAUCUCCACAACCCUCGCAUCCCACCUCCAAACAUGUGGAGUACAGAGUGGGACGCUAGUCAUCGCGUGUUUCGAGAAGACCUCUUGGGCGGUGGUGGCUUUUCUGGCAGUCAAUAAAACCGGGGGAGGCUUUGUUCCCUGUGACCCUACGUAUCCAGCAGAGAGGAGAGAGAAAAUCCUUCAACAGGCUGGCUCGCCACUUAUUAUCACGUCGGCAGAAUGUGCGGGUCUCUUCGCAGGCCUGAAAAAUCCUUCCGUCAUGAUCAUCUCACCCACUACUUUUUUGAAUCUAGAGAGAGCGUCCUAUCGACGGCCUACGGACGGAGAAGCACCUGCGUAUGUGUUAUUCACAUCCGGCAGUACAGGAGAACCAAAAGGAUGCGAAAUUUCACACAAGGCGUUUGCCAGUAUUUCGAACCAUGUCAAGGCGCUCCAUCUGGGUCCCGCCAGCCGUGUACUGCAGUUCGCGUCUUUCUCUUUUGGGAUGGCAAUCAUCGAGAUCUUCUGCACCCUGGCGGCUGGCGGCACAGUGUGUAUGUUGUCUGAUGAGCAACGGCUGAACUCAUUAGCGGCAACCAUGACAGAGAUGAAAAUUAACUGGGCUCUUACGACCCCGACAGUCCUUGGCUCGCUACAGCCGCAUGACCUUCCCUAUUUAAAGUGCCUUUUAGUUGCUGGAGAGGGGCUAAACGAGGCCCGAAUUCAGAUAUGGAGCCCUGUCCUCGACGUUUUCCAGGCAUAUGGCCUUACAGAAUGGACCGGAAUCUUCGCAGUCUCCCACAGAAUCACGGGCAUACAGCAACGGCGGAUAAUUGGCGUUCCUGCGAAUGGUCAGGCAUGGCUUAUUGAUCCAAGUGAUCACCAUAAGCUUGUGCCUGUUGGGGCAGCUGGCGAACUGGUGAUCCGCGGGCCUGGUUUGGCCGCAGGUUAUUAUCGGGCUACUGAGAGGACCAAGGCUUCGUUUUUCUCCCCUAAGUGGCUAACUCGGUGGACGUACCACGGCGAAAGCAUGGUAUACAGGACCGGGGAUAUAAUGCGUUACAACGCAGAUGGAUCUCUGUCAUAUGUUCGACGGGGGGACAACCAAGUCAAAAUCCGCGGCAUGAGGGUGGAACUGAAUGAGGUGGAAUACAAUCUAAUGCAGCUAAUGCCGGAAGUCAAAGGAGUUGUUGCCAUGUUGUGGGAGCCGCGGGAACGUGAUGGACAACAGGUUCUGUUGGCCCUGAUCCACAUGCCACCGUCCGACUCGAAGCCCGUAGUUUUGAACAGCACCGAUGGUGAAUUGCUAUUUCUUCAGCCCACUACAGAAAGGCGGCGCACAAUAGACAAUGCUCUAGAGGGGCUCCACUCUCGUCUGCCAGAGUAUAUGAUUCCGCAGUACUUGUUGGCUUUGGCUGCGUUCCCGGCCACUGUCACUGGAAAAGUUGACCGUCGACAAGCUGAACAUCAAGCACCAACCACGGAGAGCGAGCGACAAGUAUACGACUUGACAUGUAACAUAUUGGGAGUCAAGUCUGUGAGCAUGAACGACAACUUCUUUGAUCUUGCAGGCGACUCAGUAGCCGCGAUGAAAAUGGCCGGAUUAGCCCGCCGGCGUAAAAUCCAACUGACGGUGGCAGAUGUUUUUAAUCGCCCCGUGUUGAAAGACCUAGCAUCAGCCAUUCGCCAGCUCGAUGGCUCAACGACAUCGCAAAGGGCGCCCUUUGGUCUUCUGGACGCUGCCGUUAGACAAAACGUCAUUCACGAAGCGGCCAACCAUAUGGAUGCCGCUCAAAUCGUGGAUAUCUAUCCGUGCACGCCCCUCCAGGAGGGUAUCUGGGCACUUUCUAUGCGAAACCCUACUCUUUAUAAAGCACGGGUGAUCUGCCAUCUUCGGCCGGAUGUGGACCUCGAUAGAUUCAGAACGGCAUGGGAACGGGUGUUCGAACGUAAUGAUAUUCUUCGGACACGUCUUUUCCCCUCUCCCUCUGGAGUGUUCCAGGCGGCCCUACGAGAAUCAUUCGAGUGGGACGCCGCUGAGGAACUCCAGUCCUACCUUGAUAGGGUUGACCGGGAGCAUAUGGGCGUUGGAAGUAGGCUGGUCCGAGCCUGUCUGUUGGCCAACGAUAAUCAAGCCACAUUCGUUCUCACAAUCCAUCACGCCUUGUGUGACAGGUGGUCCCUAAGAUUGCUACUCGAGCAGAUUGAGAAGCACUUGUCCCCGGUUCCCCCAUCAACGAACUACCCAUUCUCACCAUUUAUCGAACACCUGGUCAAUGUUGCACUACAGCUCGAGAAAUUUUGGGUUGACCAAUUUCAAGGCCUAGAGGCUGCGCCGUUUCCCGCACUCCCGUCUCCGGAUUAUACACCUACUGGGCACCAAAUUUCCAGGUUCAAUCUCUGCCUGCCAAGGCGUGUCCUUCGCGAAAAGACUCUAGCGAGCCACCUUCGGCUGGCAUGGUCCCUCGUCAUUUCACACAAUACUUGCUCGGACGACGUUGUUUUCGGGUCUACUGUCACUGGACGAGGCUCGAAUGUGAAUGGGAUCGAGGCCUUAUCUGGUCCGACUAUUGCAACGGUGCCUGUUGGGACAUCAUUAAAUCCCACCGGAACCAUCGCCAGAGCGUUAGCUGCUGUACAGGAACAAUCUAUUUCGAUGAUGCCGUUCGAGCAAGCUGGACUACAGAAGAUCCGGAGAUGUAGUCCAGAAGCCGAGUCGGCCUGUAUGUUCCAGAGCACGUUGACCGUCCAGCCUGCCUGGCCUGAUUCCCUAACACUGUUCAAGGAUUGUCAGGAAGGAGCAGCGACAGCCGGGGGCUUUGCCUCUUAUGCCCUGUGUAUUGAGUGUUACCCGAACACGGAGGAGACCCAAGUGGAGAUCCAAGUCGCAUAUGACGCAAAUGUGUUGCCCCCUACCCGCAUGAGGCGCUUGAUAGACCACUUUGAGUUUGUACUGCACGAGAUAAUGAAGGGUCCUAACAAAACGAUACGCGAGAUCCAACAUAUCAGUCCGUCUGACCUGAUUCAGCUAGGAAGGUGGAAUGAGACGAUUCCCUUUCAGCCACAACAGACCGUUCACAGCAUUGUUCAGAGUCAAGCGAAAAAGAGGCCCCAUGCUCCAGCAAUAUCUUCGUUAGAUGGUGAACUCACUUACCAAGAGCUCGACAGAUACUCCACGCAACUAGCAGGCGAGCUACUGCUACUUGGAGCGAGACCGGGCAUGCUAAUACCUGUGUUAUUUGAGAAGAGCCGCUGGGCAAUUGUGGCAAUGAUGGCAGUCUUGAAAGUAGGGGGCGGUAUUGUUGCAUUAGAUCCAUCAUAUCCCGUCGACAGAAUGCGCGAAAUUUGUGGCCAGGUGGAAUCACCCUUGGGUAUCUGUUCAGAGAGAUAUGCUGCGACUCUGCAGCAGAUUGGACCCAAGCCGAUCAUUGCAUCGGAGUCCUCUGGCGCUUGGCGUCGACCUGUUGAGGGCCCGAACCUCCCGGUCGUCGGUGCGGAUUCCACGAUGUAUCUCGUCUUCACUUCCGGGUCCACGGGGAUACCGAAGGGGGUGAUUGUCAAUCAUGACUGUUUCGCGUCGUCAACUUUGGCAUACCGAGCGGAGAUUAACCUUGACUCAUACUCCCGCUUGUUGCAGUUCUCCUCGUUUGCCUUCGACGCCUGCUUUGCGGAGAUCUUCGGCACGUUGAUGGCCGGGGCUUGUCUUUGCAUCCCAUCUGACGCCGACCGCAUGAAUGAUAUACACCACCCAAUGAGGACGCUCCGUGUGUCCCAUGCAUUCUUCACGCCUUCAUAUGCUCGCUUGGUCCAACCGGAGCAGGUCCCGUCCCUGAGGGUAGUCAUGUUGGUUGGUGAGCCCGUAAAAGCCUCGGAUGUGGAGCAUUGGGCUCCUCAUGUACAUCUCGUGAACGGCUAUGGGCCAUCGGAAUGUGCUCCCAUUUCAGCUACUCAAUGCCUUGAUGGAAGUGUCAAUGUACAGUCCCAGGACAUAGGUUAUCCUCGGGGUUGUGUGGCGUGGAUCUGUGAUCCCCGAAAUCAUGACACUCUCCUUCCCAUCGGUGCUAUCGGAGAGCUGCUCAUAGAGGGUCCGAAUGUCGGUCCGGGCUAUUUCCAGAACGCUUCGGAUACGAUGGAAGCAUUUGUGGAGGCUCCCCGAUGGCUUCAAGACUUUCGCGGGUACACAAGUAAGCGGGUCUAUAAGACGAAAGACCUCGUGCAUUACACUGAAGAUGGCCGUCUGCGCUAUGUCGGCAGAAUAGGGCAACAGGUCAAACUAAGGGGGCAGAGGCUUGAACCAUCUCAUGUGGAACACCAUCUCUUACAAUCGUUCGAUGGUGCAGCGGAAGUGGCUGCCAUUGUUGCCACGCCAAAAGACGCAGACGGGAGGGCAACUCUCGUUGGAUUUGUGCUUUCCGAGAAUGCUAAGGCAAGGCCAGGAGGGGAUAUAUGCUUGCCGCCUAGUGAGGAAUUUUGCCUACUCACUGCCACUGCGCGUUCUAAAUUGCAACAAUCUCUCCCAGAGUUCAUGGUUCCCUCUCUAAUAAUAUCAGUCUCGUCAAUGCCACGGACACCGUCAGGGAAACUUGAUCGGCAACGGUUGACACGAGAGAUCACAAGCCGGACCUGGGACCAGCUCAUGGAGUUUGAGGCAUUGGCAAUGCCCUCUCAUGUUUCCGCUUCCGACACGGAGAAGGAGUUGCAAACAAUCUGGUCUCGAGUACUGAACCUCCCUGUCAGUGCGAUCGGUACCAACAAAAGCUUCUUCCAACUUGGUGGAGACUCGAUCACGGCCAUGCUGGUGGUUGCCCAGGCUCGCGCUGGCCGAUCCAGACUACAACUAACAGUGGGGGACAUCUUUCGCUUGCGAACUAUCUCCCAAAUCGUGACACACGCUACAAAUUCAUCCGACCGCCUAAUGUUAGCCAACCACGAUACAUUAGACACGCCUUUCGAUCUGUCCCCGAUUCAGCAACUCUUCUUUGAUACCAACUGGCCGCAACAGCAGAACCGAUUCAAUCAUAACCUCCUCCUCCACCUCAAGAAGCCUGUAUCGUUUGACCAGCUAAGAUUGGCCAUGCAAGGAAUUGCGGAGGAGCAUCCGCUACUACGUGCCCGGUUCUUACUGAACGCUGAUGGCCAGUGGCAACAGCUCAUUCCCAGUGAGAUUGAGGGUUCAUAUGGUUGCAGGCACCAUCAGCUGACCUCUGCGGACAUGAUGAAAAAAGUACUUAUGGAGAGUCGGCGAGCACUCGACAUAUCGGCCGGUCCCGUAUUCUCUGCAGAUUUGAUCGAUAUUGAUGGGAACCAUAGCAUAUUUCUCCUUGCGCACCACCUUGUGAUCGAUAUGGUUUCAUGGACCGUGCUGCUUGCUGACCUUGAGACCCUGCUACAUGGACGAUCAAUUCCAAAACGACAGUCGACUUCGUUCCAGACCUGGUGUACAUUAUUGGCUGCGUACGGACACGAGUCGCUCUCCGUUCCCCAAGGGCCACUGCAUUAUAGUAUACCCGAAGAUUUCUGGGGGACAUCCGAAUGUCUGAAUACGAUAGGAGGGACCCACGAGAUGGUCAUACAGAUUGAUACUCCGACCACGGAAGCACUACUUGGAGAAGCCAACAAGGCCUUUGGAACGCAGCCUGUGGAGUUGCUCCACGCUGCUCUUCUGUUCGCCUUCACCACGACAUUUUCAGAUCGUCCUGCCCCAGUCAUUUUCUCCGAAGGGCAUGGUCGGGAACCAUGGGAUUCUGCCAUCGACUUGACUCGGACGGUGGGAUGGUUUACUACCAUUGCUCCGGUCCACGUCGAGGUGGAUGCGGCUCAUGAUAUUGCCACGGUUGUGCGCCAAGUGAAGGAUACCCGCCGCAGGCUGUGCAGAAAUGGAUUGGAGGCAUUCACAGCGAAAUAUUUUAAUACAAGACGCCGGAAGGCUAGCCCGGCUGGCAAGAUGGAGAUCGUUUUCAAUUACGCAGGACGAUACCAUCAACAGCUGGGUCAGGCUGGCUCCUUGUUCGAAGUGGAGUCUCUCCAAAAUAUGAGCAUUUUCGACGCUGCAGAUGACGCGAGGCGAUGGUCUAUGGUCGACAUCAAUGCUUUUGUGCAAGAUGGACAGUUAGCUUUCACCUUUACAUACCCGCGGGGAUGCAAUCCGUCUCACGUCCUGCAGCCGUGGACAGCUAGCUUGCGCAAGUCUCUGAAUUUGAUAGCAUCAGAGUUCAAGACGCAUCCGAGGAGCUACACGCUCGCUGACUUCCCUUUGUUGGAUCUGGAUUACUCCCAAUUGGACCACCUUCUGGAGACAUUGCAGCAUGCCAAUAUAAGACCGGAGGAUGUUGAGGAAAUCUACCCAUGCUCCCCUAUGCAACGGGGUAUACUCUUGUCUCAGGCGAAGGAUCCAUCUUGCUAUCAAGUGGUCAUGACAUGGGAGAUCGUCCCUGGCGAGAAGAGACCUGCUUCUGCUGAGAGGGCAAAGGCUGCUAUAGAGCAAGUCAUGGCUCGUCAUGCAUCUCUACGUACAUGUUUCAUUAAGACAACCUCUGAGGUUGCAGCUUUCGAUCAAGUCGUCCUAUGCAAACCCUACCAUGAGAUUGUCAUCUACAACAGUCGAGAAAAAGAUGCAAAGACACUGCUACAGAGUGGCCAAUUCCAGGCCAGCCCCCAAUCCCCACUACGCUUCUUAAUUUACGUGUCCUGUGACCAGAAGGUCUACAUCCGCCUGGACAUAAGUCAUGCUCUGACUGAUGCCAAGUCAAUUGACCUUUUGAAACGGGACAUUUGCCUUGCAUAUGACAACCAGCUGAGUAGUCCAGUGGGACCGCUCUUUUCCAACUACAUCAGCUUUAUUCAGACACGAGAUCCCAUCGCCGACGCAGAGUUUUGGGAUACAUACCUGGAUGGGGUUCAACCUUGUCAAUUUCCAGCCCUCACGAAAGAGGCCAACACCGAAAGUGGUGUUGCAAAUGACUACGUCUUUGAUGUUGCUGGAGUUGAUGGAAUCGAGCUUUAUUGUCGGAAUCGCAAUGUCACCGCACCAAACGUCUUUGGCCUUGCUUGGGCCUUGGUCCUGGGAUCUUACACUGGCUCGUAUGAUGUUUGUUUUGGCAGCCUCAACUCAGGAAGAGAAAUGCCGUUUGAUGGGGCACCUGAGGUCGUGGGCCCACUUAUCAACAUGCUCACCAUGCGUGUGAAUUUCAAAAGCACCACUAUUGAACAGCUCGUUCAGCAGGUCCACGCUGACUACGCCGCUGGGUUAGCCCAUCAAACGUACCCCGUUGCCGAUAUUUUUCACAGAAAGGGGCUCAGGGGACGAUCCUUGUUCAACACUGGAAUAUCUGUCGAACGAGUUGACAGCCCACAACAUGCUAAAUCCUCUACUGACUUACGCCUUGUGCAUCGGGUGGAUCCCACGGAAUAUGAUAUUGUCCUCAACGUGGAGAUCGAGAAGUCUCGGACUAUAGUCCAUCUCAGAUAUUGGUCAUCAUGUUUGUCCGAUAGCCAAGCGCCGUUGAUUGCUGCUUGCUUUGAUCAGGCGGUCACAAUGAUUAUCAAUGAUGACCAGGCUCUGGCGUCGAGCCUGAACCUCUUCUGCCAAGCUCACCAGAACUUGAUCUGGCACUGGAAUAAGAAGUUAUCCAAUUACCACGACUGUCGUGUGCAUGAUGUCGUCCAGCAGCGCGCAACCGAAUGCCCCGACGCCCCUGCUGUGUGUAGCUCCGGGGGUACGCUCACAUAUAGGGAACUAGAUGUCCAUUCGACCGCACUCGCCCAUUAUCUAUCACAACAUGGCGUUGGGACGGAAAAGUUUGUUCCACUCUGCUUUGAGAAAGGCAUGUGGACAGCCGUGGCCAUAUUGGCUGUGCUCAAGACUGGGGCAGCUUUUGUCCUUCUUGAUUCCGGCCACCCUGACCAACGACUAGAGACCAUCUGUCAAGAUGUCGGUGGCCCGCUUGUGCUUUCAUCACCAGCCCAGGCAGAGCGAAGCGCACUAUUUUCCAGUACUGUUGUAGUAGUGGGAGGAACACAAGAUCUUUGGCGUGGUCUACUCCCAGCGCCGUCAAGCCAGUUGUUUUCCGCCGCCAUGCAAACAGGGCCGACCAAUGCCGCCUACGCUGUCUAUACGUCUGGUUCUACCGGCAAGCCAAAGGGGAUUGUAAUCGAGCAUGGGUCCUUCUGUUCAAUGAUCCAUGCGCAGGCUCCCAUAUUGAACAUGAAUGCUUCAGCCCGCGUUUUACAGUUUUCAUCUUACGCAUUUGACGUUAGUAUCUUUGAGAUGCUCAUGCCGUUAAUGACAGGUGGCUGUGUAUGUGUCCUGUCCGAGGUGGAGAGAAGGGACCAUUUCGUGGAGACAAUGGGAACUCUCCGAAUUUCGCAUGCGCUCCUCACUCCGUCAUUCUCCCGUCUUGUAUCGCCCGCUGCGCUGCCAGACCUUCGGGUCCUCGUCUGUGGUGGAGAAGCGAUGACUCAACACGACAUGGAGCGCUGGCUUGAUCAUGUCAUUCUUAUCAACCAUUACGGACCCGCCGAGUGUUCCGUGAGCUCGGUUGUCCAACCGAAUAUCAAUACAACUUCGCGCGUCGGUGAGAUCGGCUGGGGCAUCGGUUGUGCAACUUGGGUCGUCGACCCAGAUGAUCACGAGCGCUUGGUUCCGAUUGGAGUUGUCGGCGAACUGGUUAUUGAAGGGCCAAUUGUCGGCCGCGGGUAUCUAAACAAUCCGACUGCGACUCAAACCGCAUUCAUUGAGCCUCCGCGAUGGUUGCGCAACAUGCGAUCCUCGCUUGGACGAAAUACCCGGCUGUACAAAACGGGUGAUCUUGUGCGAUAUGGCUCCGAUGGCAGGCUGUACAUCCAUGGGCGCAAGGACACUCAAAUCAAGAUUAGAGGACAGCGUCUGGAACUUCAGGAGCUGGAGUACCACGUUCACAGAUGCUUUGGAUCUGCUGGGAAUGUGGUUGUAGAGCUGGUUCGGAACGGUUCCGAUGGCAGCCCGAUACUUUUUGCAUUCAUAGGCUCAACAAAAGAAGUGUCCAGCCAGUUUGACGGGUUUAGCGCCGUUGGGAAGGAGUUCCGUGAUCGUGCUGCGGCUGCCAGUACAAAGCUGUUUGAGAGCCUGCCCUCCUACAUGGUCCCAACCUAUUUUGUCCCCUCGGUUACACUGCCUUUGAAUUCAUCUGGCAAGGUGGAUCGCAAGCGACUGCAGUCUUGGGCCUCGGCUUUGUCUUCUGACCAACUAAAGGAUUACCGCCCCACGGCAGGAGGCCAGUGUAAGCCGUCGUCUCCAGAAGAAAAGCUCCUCCAUGCUAUCUGGGUCGAUGUUCUGCGCGUCAAGCCGGAAACAAUCGGCACUGAAGACCAUUUCUUCCAGGUUGGGGGUGAUUCGGUCAAUGCGAUGAGAGUUGCCGCAUCUGCACGAAAACAGGGACUGAACAUAGUAGUUGCAGAUAUCUUUGCUCACCCCCGGCUUGCGGCACUAGCUAAAGCCGGAACUAACAGCAAUAUCGAACAGUUUGUUCCAAAACCGUUCUCGCUCUGCCCUGUGACUGACCGCGAACUUUUCUCCAUGCUGCUUCGCGUGCAGGGCACAAUCCCAUCGGACUGCCAUAUUGUGGACAUCCUACCUACGUCGGCCACUCAAUCCUUCUUUAUGACCACGCCCACUCUACACCACUUCACGUUUGAUAUUGACGGAUCUCUGGACAUUCGCCGACUGCGCGAUGCCUGUGACAAAGUUUUCAACAUGUUCGCUACCUUGCGUACCGUUUUUGUCCCAUACGCCAAACAGAUAUUGCAAGUGAUUCUUGACAAAGUCAAUACCCCAUUCCACCACUUGGUGGUAGAUGAGCCUAUCCCGGAUGUCAGGAGGCGCCUUCUGGCUGCUGACCGUGAGGAUAUCCCACUUAAGGGACGGCUGGUCUUCGCCUUUGUGCUUAUAUCCCAUUCCGAUGGGUCACGGCAUUCGCUGAGCUUCCGUGUCUCACAUGCGCAAUGGGACGGGCUGUCUAUAGCGGAAUUGUUUAGCAGCGUACAGGAGGCAUAUCAUGCAAGGCUGUUGACCCCCAGUACACCCUUGUCGACCUAUAUCUAUUACCGGGCGCUGCGUGAUAAGACGCCUUCCCUACAGUUCUGGAAAGACUACCUCCAGGGCUCGAAAAUCACUCGGAUCACCGAGCCUCCUAGUGCAUUCGCCGAUCUCACCCAAGGAGACACCAUCUGGGAGAACACUAACCUGCAACCGGCCCCCGAGCCACCACUGGGUAUUACGAUGGCCAGUGUGGUCAGGUCUGCCUGGAGCUUGGUUUUGGGCCUGGAAACCGGGGCGAAGGACAUCGUCUUCGGCCAAACGGUGAACAGCCGUAGCUCCCCGUUGCCUGAUAUUGACCGGAUUCUGGGCUGCUGUUUGAAUUUUAUCCCUGCACGCAUCCAGCUCCAACAGUCCUGGACAGGCCGUGACCUCCUCCAGCACGCGCAGGCACAAUACCAAAAGAUCGUUAAACAUGAUGACAUUGAGCUGCAAGAGAUCAUUGAUCAUUGCACGGACUGGCCGAACGGGACCGACUUCAACACCAUCGUCCAGCAUCAAAAUAUCCCCCUGAACCAUACGAUGCUACUGGGGGAUCUUCAAACCACCUUUUCACCAAAUGGAUAUUUCCGCCCUGGUCGUGAGCUCUUCAUUUUCACUGAGCCUUCCGGUGAUCUGUUGGGCGUUCAACUAUGUGUGAAUCCCAAUAUGAUGGAUUUGCCUCGGGCUCGGUCUUUGCAUCAUAGACUUGGCUUUGACGAGGCAUUGUCCCACUCAACUUUGGGCAUUUCGCAAUCCAAACCCGAGACCAAAUGCGUCUUGAUCACUGGCGGCACAGGAGGCCUGGGCGCGCAUUUAGUAGCCGAGGCCGCGCGCCGGACUGACGUGACACGAGUUGUAUGCCUUAACCGGCUCGGAAAGCAUCUACCACCGCAUGAAAGGCAGAUGAAAGCUCUGCACAAGAAAGGCAUCGACCUCCCGCCAGACGCCGCGGCCAAAAUCCACAUCCUCAAAGCAAAAAGCGACAUGGCCCAAUCACCGACCAUGGGCCUCUCCGCCGACGAGUACCGCUUCCUGCUCCAACACCGCUUUGAGCCCCAGCUGCGCAUCAUGGCUCACAUGCUCCGCCUCGCCGCCGCCAUCUCCGCCCAGCGCCCCCGGAACUCCCCGGUAACCUUCCAGUUCAUCUCCUCCAUCGCCACCGUCGGCCACCACCCCUCUGUAACUGGCAAGCCUGUCGUCCCCGAGACCCGAGUGCGAAUCGACAGCGUCCUCCCCACCGGCUACGGCGACGCCAAGUACACCUGCGAGCGGAUGCUCGACGCCACGCUGCACCGGCACCCGGGCCGCUUCCGGGCCACCGCCGUGCGCCUGGGCCAGAUCGCCGGCAGCGUUAUCAACGGGCACUGGAAUCCGAUGGAACACGUGCCGUUCCUGUUCAGGUCGUCGCAGACCCUGGGCGCCCUGCCGGACCUGCCGGGGACGGUAGGGUGGACGCCGGCGGACGAUAAUCCGGUUCGGCAGUCGUGGGCGGGGACGCUUGCAGUGCUGGUGGACGAGAUGGGCAUCCCGCUGCGUGAGGAGACUGGCGCAGCUGUCAUUCCUUUCCGGGAGUGGGUGCAGCGGGUGAGGGACUGGCCGCGGCGAGAGGAUAAUGGAUCGCAGGGUGCCAAUCCGGGGUACCUGCUGGGCGAGGGAGCAUUCGCCUACGUUGGCGAAGUUGGGACCAGUGAGUGA